AUCUUCGUUACGUUUUUUUGCCGAAUGACCCUUCCGUGUAGACGUAUUUACGGCAAAAUAUUAUAGAAUACUAUCAAUCAUAGAUUACCUGAAUUGUAACAUUGGCAGAUCUGGUUUUCAGAAUCUAUAAUAAUUCGAUUGUGGAUUUCACAAAUUAACGCUAGAGGUCGGUGGUUGUAAUAUGUGUAAGAAUGGGACAAGCUGGAAGUUCAGAUAACGUAAUCCCUGAAACGGUAGAGAAUAUACAAGAAGACAUUUGUCGACAUGCAAGAGUGUUUUCCGAAAUUGCUAGUUUGACAUAUCAGGAUUUUCAGUCUUGUCUUGGAAAGUUGAAUACACUGUUAAAACAAUGCGUGGAUAGCAAUGGGAAGCAACUUAUUUUCAUAGUAAAGAAGGGUACUGACUCGACUCUUCUUUGGAAGGGUACGGUGAGAAUUGCGUGUGUUAAAUUGAAUCCACUUACAAAUAAAGUUGAUACAUACAGACUAUUAAACCUCAGUGAAUUUUUGAAGGUUUUCAGAACGUUACAAUGUCAACUGGCAGCUGCACGACAGAGUUCACUGAAUUCCUCCAGCAGUGAAGCAUCGGCCAGCAUCACAGGGGGCACCUCAUUACCAUCAUUGAUGGACCAGAAUCUUCUGACAGCAACAAUGUUGUUUGAAGAAGUGGAGAGUUCGGCAGGAUGCUACAGUGGGACUGGUGAACGACUCAAUGAAUGUUGCAUAUGUCUAGAAAGGAAACCAGAUGUGAUGCUUCCAUGUGCACACAGCUACUGUAUGCCAUGCAUAGAACAGUGGAAUGUAAACAAUAAGACCUGCCCCAUUUGUCGUGAGACACUAGACAGCACCGAUGAUACGUGGGUGAUAUCAGAAGUCCCAGGUUCCCACGAGAUAAGUGAAGAGAUAUUCUGCUCUCUCAUGGAUCUGGCUGCAUCAUCAGCUACGACUCCAACUUAGCAUGCUAUGAGUAACUUCAAUCUUCACCAUGUACAAUGUUUCUGCAUUUGUAACUUUGUCAGAUCAUGGAGUUAUCUAUUGGUGUUUGCAGCCAGAGAAUCAACAUUCAUUUCAAGUCUGUGCUGUGUCUGCUACUACCAAUAUAUUAGUGUCUCAGAUUUUGUAGUUCGAGUUAAGGAAUUUGCAGUAGAAUUUGAAACAUAAAUACCAUAUUUCUAAAAAUCCAAAGAUGCCCUCAAUAAUGACAUAAAAAUGGAUGAAAUGUUUGCAUUUUAUUUUACCGUUAAUAAUUGUUUGGGGUUACGUCAUGUUUUACAGUAAACGUCUGAUGCUGUUGAGGAACUUAACAAUUUUCACCUUUUUGUAUCCUGACGUGACCGUAUUAGCUUCUCUGUUGUACAUACAGAAUGUGGGUGUAAUGGCAGGUGUACUCUUCAUUGUGUUUAGAAUAAUGUAGUUUAAUAUUUCAUGGUUAAAUUAGUGCUUGAGAGAAAUCUGUGGAUUUGUGAUGUAAGCAGGCACAUGUCAGGGACUUAGUAACUAAGGUACUUGUAGUGAUUACUCAAAUUAUAAUUUUGUCCACAUUGGUAAUUAUUGUAUUUUGAGUUAUGAUUCAAAAACAAGGUAUCUGUCCCACUACAUACUAUAAUAUUUUUCAGUGAAAUUGGUGGCUGAGUCCAGUUCUGGUCUUUGUAAGUGACCAGUCGGCGCAAAGAAAGUCUGUUGGUAAGUAGCUAGACCUCAGUCUGUUCAGAAACCGCGUGAUAGAAGCAUCGACAGCCGCACUGUGUUAUUGCCAGUUCUCAUGUGUCCUUUCCAUUGUGUUGUAACCAUUCACUAGAAACCAAUGUUCCACGAUGCUAUAUCUGGCCCUACUGUAUGUUGUUUCCUCACUUUCUUGCCGCUCUGCCUCCGACCUUUACUUCCUACCAAGGCACAGUACAUGUGAUUGGUGCACGCUUCAGCUGCCAGUUCCGCCGAAAACUGUUAUAGUUGUAUGUACAUGAACUUGUCAGAAAUGUAAGUAUUAUUUAUUGGUAGCUAUACAUUUUAUAUAUUUAAUAUGGAUUUAAAGACAUUGAUAUCUUUUAAUGUCUUUCUGCAAUUAGAGUCAGAGAUGCACUCUCUACCUCCAAAAUGUUUAGGCAAGAUAUACAGAAUUGUAGACUAAAAUUCAAUUCUAAAGGGUUUUGACGACGGUAGUUUACACUAAAAAUUAUUUGUUGUCAGGACUUUUUCCAUCGUCUGUUUUUAAAAUUCACGACGUUUCGGAGGCUGGUUCUGUCAUACCCAUACUUGGGUGGAUAGGUUGAAAUAACUGCAUGAAUUAUAUUGUCCAGUGAGAGAGUGCGUAUAAUAAGACAGCUUUUAUGAAUGCCAUGUAGGUCAUCGUAGUUCCCAUAGUACUACACAUCCAAACAAAAUCAUCAUCAUCAUCAUUCAAACUAAGUAACACAAGAUUGUAUUGAGGCAGCAAGUUCCUCCAAUGUGUUGGACGUUUAUUGCAAGAACGUGGUGCUGAACCAAAAGAUGUUUUAUAAUUUAAUCAAUGUUGCCAUAAAAACCUCAAUAUAUAAAGUACAAUCAUAUACAUUGUGUUUGUUACAUCAUAUUUUUACAUAGCUGCAGAAUUUUAUUCAUUCUGUGUAAUUUGCUUACAUGACUUUAACAUUUCUAUGAUCUCGUUAGAAAUGGAUUACAAAAUCGUCAUGUGUUCUGCAUUACUUUGCAUUUACCAUAAACAUAAACUUUAGCCAAUGUAAUGUCUUCUUUUUCCAGUAAAGCACCUCACAUUUCCUGAAAGGAAAGAUGAUCGUAAGAUUAUUAAA